AUGGUGGUAUUCGACACGACUUACUAUGACCUCCUGGAGGUAUCGGUAGAUGCUACCGACGCAGAGAUCAAGAAGGCUUACAAGAAGAAGGCUAUGCAACAUCAUCCUAACCCAGAUGAUCCACAGGCACAUGAAACAUUCCAGAAGAUAGGACAAGCUUACGAGACGCUAUCGAAUCCCAAUGAUCGAGCGACUUACGAUUCUCAUGGACCCGACGGCCCACCGAGAGGAGGCGGCAUGCCCUCAGAUAUGGGUAUGGACAUGGACGAUCUCUUCGCUCAGAUGUUCGGUGGGGGUGGCUUCGGUAUGGGAGGAGGAUCGUUCGAAUUUGAUAUGGGAGGCGGACCAUCGAGACGUAGGAAACCAGCAAAGGGGAGGGAUACGGUCGUUCCCUAUGAUAUAAGUUUAGAAGAGGCAUACAAGGGUAAGAAAGUGGUGAUGAACCUUGAAAGAGAUAGGAUAUGUAGUGGGUGUAAAGGAUCUGGUGCGAGGGCGGGGGUAGAACCAAAGGAAUGUGGGAAUUGUGAAGGAAAGGGAACGAUAUUCACAGAUAGACAUAUCGCACCUGGAUUAUUAGGUAAAGUGAAAUCACCUUGUCCAUCUUGUCACGGAGAUGGCAAGAAGAUAAGAGAUAAAGAGAAAUGUAAGAAAUGUAAAGGACUUAAAGUGACUAAAGAGAAGAAGAGGAUAGAAUUCAUGAUUGAUCCGGGUACGGAGGAUGGUGAGAGGAUAGCAUUAAGAGGGGAAGGUGAUGAAGAGCCCGACGUACCCGCAGGAGAUAUAAUUUUCUUAAUCCGUCAUCUCCCUCAUCCCUCAUUCAAACCGCAACCCCACUCAUCAGGCGGUCUCUCAAUCCUCAUAUCCAUCCGUCUCUCCGAAUCACUCUUGGGCUUCUCGAGGAUCCUAUUUAUCCACUUGGACGGAAGGGGUAUACACGUAGAUUCGAAAAAGGGCGAAAGGAUAAUCAAACCUGGCUCGGUGUAUACGAUCAAAGGUGAAGGUAUGCCUAUACGAGGUACAUCCAGAAAGGGCGACAUGUACGUUAGAUUCGAUGUGGAAUUCCCAUCAGUAGAUUGGGCAAGAUCGCUCGCGUUGGAGGAUGGAACGGAGGGGACAAAGGUCGAGUUGCCAGGGAAGAAACCGGAUUUGAAAAUUGAGGGAGAAGUGGUAAAGAGGGAAUUGUCGGCCAAACCUGUCAAUUGA